AUGCAACUCCUUACCUCUCUAAUUACCUUCCUCGCAUUCGACCCGGCCAGCCUCGCCGGCUCGUCCGCCGCCGAACCCCACCCAGAGCCCCAGCAGCGACCAAUCUCUUCCCCUUCGAGCGACGAUGGGUACGCAGGGGCCAGUAGCGUCUCCACCGGCUUCUUCGCCUCGCUCGAGCGCCUCGCCCGCCUGGUCGAUAUCACAUACUGCGUCGGGACAACGGGGAUCUCCCCGCCCUUUUCGUGCGCCUCGCGCUGCAACGAGUUCCCCGAGCUGCGGCUCGCGUCGACUUGGAACACCGGGGUCCUCAUGAGCGACAGCUGCGGGUACGUGGCCGUGGACCAUGGGCCUGGCCCCAAGCAGUAUCACGGAGACAGCACCGGUCCUGGAGAGAAGAAAGAACAAGUAGAAGAGGGCGCCAUCGUCGUGGCCUUCCGCGGGACGUACAGCAUCACAAACACCGUCAUCGACCUGAGCACGGUACCCCAGGAGUACGUGCCGUACCCGGAUCCCGAUGACGGAGGGAGGAGGAACGAGACCGGCAGCAGGUGCGACAACUGCACCGUUCAUAUGGGCUUCCUGGAAUCGUGGACGCAGGCGCGCAAACUGGUGCUUCCGGUGCUUAAAAACGUACGGUCCAGGCACCCGUACUACCCCAUCCACCUCGUCGGCCACAGCCUCGGAGGUGCCGUCGCGCUCCUGGCGGCCCUGGAGCUGAAGACCGCGCUGGGCUGGGAUGACCUGGUGGUCACGACGUUCGGGGAGCCGCAGACCGGCAACGCCGGCUUCGUGGAUUAUGUCGACCGCGUUUUUGAUCUCGGCGGCCUCGACGGUUACGACCCUGACCUGGAACGGAGGGUGUACCGGCGGGUGACGCACGUUGACGACCCGGUGCCGCUGCUCCCGCUGAGCGAAUGGGGGUACAGGCCGCACGCUGGGGAGGUCCAUAUCACCAAGUCUGAACUCUCGCCUGCGGUGGAGGAUCUGAGGCUGUGCCGCGGCGGCGAGGACCCGGCUUGCAUCGCAGGUGGUGACAACGCUGUGCUGGCACGGGUAGCGGGUGCUGUGAAUGAGGUGCCCCGUGUAGAGAAACGAGGUGAGGGCAGGCUGGACAUGCUCACUGGCGUCCCAUCGAGGUUGAAGCUCUGGCAGCUACUUGUUGCCCAUCGGGACUAUUUCUGGAGACUUGGUCUUUGUGUCCCCGGCGGUGACCCUUUCGACUGGGGCCGGCCGCCGUAUAAUGUCAGUUCACCUCCAGAUGAACUAUAG